UAACUCUUUGUCUAAUUGCUUCGGGAUCUGAUAAAAUCACUAUUUUUGAAGUUUCUAUGGCGAAUUGUUAAUUAAGCUAAGAAUGGGGAAAGCUGGUAGAGAUUGGGGACAGAUCUAUUCAAUUUACGGUGUUGAUGAUUGGCAAACCCCGAUAUUUCUGCUAAUUUAUGCUAUCUUCUUCUCUAUACUGUCUGUGAUUUUUCUAGUUUAUUUCGAACCUAUCUGCUAUUUCUUCCACCAUUUCUUACCUGGCCCAAGCUCAGCUCGUUUCGCCGCCGGAUUCACCGGUUCCGUCACAGCACUCUCCGCCGUUUGCCUUUUCUACGCCGCCGGCAACAUUUUUUACUCCUCCGUUUCGCUUCACUGGGAAAUGGCACAGCGGAUGGUGAACGCCGUCGGUGAUUGGUCUUCCGUUAAGCAUGCUCUUGACCUUGGCUGUGGCCGUGGGAUCCUCCUCAACGCCGUCGCUCUACAGCUGAAGAAAUCCGGGUCAUCCGGUCGGGUCGUCGGGUUACAUCCAACACCGACUUGUUCUCUGUCCACUCUCCGAACUGCAGGGAUUGAAGGUGUUCAGGAGUAUGUCACGUGCCGGUCAGGUGACCCGAGAAAACUUCCGUUCAGUGAUAAUUACUUCGACGUGGUGGCGUCGGCGGCGUUUGUACACACGGUGGGGAAGGAGUUCGGGCAGAAAACGGCGGUAGCGGCGGCGGAGAGGAUGAGGGUGUUGGGGGAGGUGGUGAGGGUGCUGAAACCCGGCGGCGUUGGGGUGGUGUGGGAUCUGGUGCACGCGCCGGAGUACGUGAAGAGACUGCAGGAAUUGAAGAUGGAGGAUAUUCGGGUUUCGGAGCGGGUCACAGCGUUUAUGGUCAACAGCCACGUCAUCGUAUUCAACAAGCCAAGUCAGCAUUUUGUGGGACCCAAUGAAGUUAGACUGGAUUGGAGACUCAACAAUCUUUGUUGAUAAAAUUGCAAAAUAUAU